CACACACACACACGCACACUCAUGGAUGGAUGGAUGGCGGAUGGAUGGAUGGCGGAUGGAUGGAUGAAGGCAAGAAGGCAGUCAUGGCUGACAGGCGCGACACGGCACUUAGAGAACGUUGAUUGACACACACUGAUGAAUGGGCUUGCUGUCUGUCUGUCUGUCUGGCUGGCAGCUUCAAGGCUGACUCUGACGGCCACAGAGAGAGCAGAAAGCUUCACUCAACUCAAUUCGACUCCACUCGCCCCGUCAGUCAGGCAGUCAGUCAGUCGGCAGAGAAGGGGAGGAUGCAGAGAGGCAGAAAUUUCUUCGAGUGCGUGCGGAUUGUGCAGUGUGCAGCAGGGGGUUCGGGAAGGCGCGUGCUCUCCCGGAUGCAGCGGGUGGGAGGGGGUGAGAGGGAGUGGACAGCACAGCAAGAAGGAAGCAGGCACCCUCCCACCGCUCUGCACUGCACUGCUCUGCUGGUCGAUCCCUCCAUGCACGUGUGUGUCUACGGAGAGAGAGAGAGAGAGAGAGAGAGAGAAGGAGAGAGGAUGUGUGAGGCAGACAGACGGACGGACGGACGGAUGGAUGGCCUAAGAGAUGACUGACCGACCUGACUGCAGCACGGCCCAUAGUAGCCUAUGCAUGCACACACACUCACCCACCCACCACCCACUUAUUUGCCGGCCGCCGGCUCGUCGACGGCCGGCUGCUGCUGCUGCUGCUGCUGCUAUUGCGUGACACUUGCCGUGCCGCCAUGGUAGCUAGGACGAGCAACCGGCGGCCUGCCCUCCCCCGCCCCCGCCCCCGCCCCCCACCGCUGACACGUCGUCAAUGCCUCGCUGCUGUGGCCGCUGCAGGUCCUGCGUCACGGCAGCGAGGUACGACGGACGGACACCACCCCCCGCCACUGGCCGACGGCUGGGAGGCCCACCCACGCCCACAUCCAUCUGCCCUCUGUUGAUCUUGGUGUUGUUGAGUGUGUAAAGGGGCGGCGGGGGCGGCUGGUGGGGCUGGGUGUAGGGGGGACAGGGCGGCUGGAAGGAGUGAUGGUGGUGGGAUCCGAAUCCGAAUGCUGGUGGGCGCAUUGGAUGGGCGUGGGGGUGCUGGUAUGGAUGGUGUGAUGACCGGCGGGAGGGCCGUGGUCCCAGGAUGGGCCCCUGCUGCCUACCGGGCGUCUCGAGUGCCGUCUUGGCGAUCUGGAGUGCCUUGAGGGGCAGAUGCGACACCAGCUCGGUCAGCUCGCGGCCGUGCAGCGCCUCAACCAACUCUACCAACAACUGCCACCCAUCCAUCCAUCCAUCCGUCCAUCCAUCCAUCCAGCAACACAACACAAGACAAUGACAAAGGACCCUUUUGUAUGGUAAAAGCGGUGCGUACGAUACCUGACAGUCUGGUGGCGAGAUGACUUUUGCGUCCGGUCCGUAAGGGCGCUUCAGCGGGGGAAACGUGAACUUGGUGAAGCACGCGGGCGCGAAGGGCGCCGCAGCCAGUGCUCUGGGGUUGAUGGCGCCGGUGCUGCUGUUGCUGCUGUUGCUUGUCUCCGCACCGCCAUUGGCCGCCGGCUGCUCGUCCUUCAAAACGAUUUGUGCACACAGACAGAUGAGAACAAAGGCGGACAAAUGAGUGUGUGUGUGGGUGUGGGUGUGUUGGGGGUGUAGCUGCCGACGUACGUUGUGUGUGGGUGUGUUCUUGGUGGUGUUGUCUUUCUUGGCGUGUUGCCACAGCUCGAUGUGCAGGGGGAUGGGCGAGAUGCCGUAGGCCGCUCGGACGAGGUCGACCGCCCGCUCGACAUGGUGGCCCUGUAGACACCCCUUGAGCAGCACCGAGUACAGCUUCGAAUCGACACUCACACCCUGCCGCAGGCACACACAGACAUCCAUCCAGUUCUUCCACCAUGACACACACAUGA